AUGGCGUCCCGCAACACAGACGCAGGCUGGGACGACAGCACCUCGAGUGAGGGGACCGCCACGAAAUAUCAGUUUCCCGAAAUCUCCGUACCCCUGUGGGCGACACUCCUGGGCGUCACAGAAAGCCAGAUCCAGACGAGCACGAAGCGCGUCGCCGGGAGCAUCGCACAAAAGCUGUCACGGCCCAUCACGCAGGAGGAGGUGGCUUCCCUGACGACCAUCUCGGCGCGCGACGUGGUGAUCCACUCGCUCAAGCUCCCCAUCGGCGUCACCAUGGCCGCGGUCAUCGCCUACAACGGGCGCGCCAAGUUUCGCUUCCCCUUCUGGCAGCCCAAAUGGGUCAAGACGAGCCCGCACGUGUUCCCCAGCCUGCAACAGCAGGUGCUGAAGGGCCAGGCGGCGCACUACGCGUGGCACAUGUCGCGGUUCGUGGCGUACUACUUCUUCUGCGACCUCGCCGUCGGCUCGUUCCUGCACUCGUACGCCAACAUUAGCAACUUUGCCGCCAUGACGAUGGACCCGCAGCUCAAGGCCCUCGCCGACGCCCUGCGCCGCCAGAGGGCGGGCGAGGCGCCCGGCGGCCAGACGCCGGACUGGGGCAGGUACGCGUCGAGGGCCAGCAAGACGGAGCUCAUCCGGGCCAAGGACGAGCUCGAGGCGGCCUGCGCCAAGGCAGAGGAGUCGCUGCGCAACAGCGCCAACACAUCACAAGAGGAUCUCGAGUCUGGGCUCAACGCCAUCCGGGAGGCCAAGACGGAGCAGCUGCGUCGGCUUGAUGAGGCCAUUGCGGCCAAAGAGGACCCGCAGCAAUCUGUUGAUCAGGAAAAGGAGUACGACACCCUCGCUGGCUCUGGGCCAGGUGCGCCUGCUACGUUACAAAGCACAUAUUCCACAGGGGCAACGAAGCCGGCGACCUGGGGCUCGGGAUCCACGGAGACCACGCAGUCACCAAGUUGGGGCAACUCGGGCGUCGAGGGCAUCGACGACGAUGCGUCGCCUGUGGCACCAGGCGCCAGAGGCUCUCCCCAAGGCACCUUCUCCGGAUCGGCAUGGGAUAGAGUGCGCCAGCAAGCGGCGGCAGACAGACAGCAGCAGGGCCGCGUGCCGAACGCCAACGCCGGCAGCUACGGGAGCAACUACCCGUACAAGGCGACAGAAAAGGACAAGGCUGAGGCCAAGAGCCAGGCGCAGGAGGAGUUUGAUGCGCUGCUCGAGCGGGAGAGGCAGGUCGAUGAGGGCAAGUCUGGUUGGGGCAGGCGGUCAUGA